UAAUUAAAUACGUAGAUUUUCUCAAAUUCAGGAAUUCAAUACAAUAUUCCGUCCUCAUACAAAUUAAUACAGACACGAAACGAAGAACAGGAGCAUUUCAAGUCAUAAUUCUAUGCCAUUUUCCAUCUACAUGCAUGCAAAUUGUAAUUAAUUGAAAACAUUAUUAUUUGAUUCCAUAAUAUGUUAGAUGUCCACAACAGGCAUUCCUUCAACCUCGGAUGGCUCCGAUUAUACCAUAACAAAUUGCAGUUGAACAAUUUCCUCACUUCCUUUUCAACGUUUUGACACAGAAACAUUGCUGCUUUCCAACACUAUUUGAAUCCCCAAAAUCUUGAAUUUUCCUUCCACUGUUAUGCAAAAAGCUGAAAUCUUUAGAGAAAUUUGAUUAGAAACCAAGAGGGUUUGUUGCAUUGCGUCGACUUUUCAUCUUUCCAGACAAGUUCUUGUUCAAAUAAACCAGAAAGAUUUGAUCUUUGAAACAAUUUUCCACGUAUCUCUCCAAAUUGUUGUGGCCCGUAAUUUUUUGCUGUUGAUGUCUGAAUCUUGAUUACUUUUUCGGGCUUGAUUUAUCAGAGCACUAUUGCUGGGUGAGAGCUAAAAGCCAGAAAAAGGCAAGGUGGCUACUAGUUUUGAAGUGUUUAUUGAGAAUUUUGUGUUGCAGAAUGGCCCUUUGAAAAUGGAGUAUUUAUUUAGUGGCCCUUUGGCCUUUAUGCUGUAGGUGGGUUCUAAAUGCCCUUCAUUCACUUUGUAUGGUGUUUAAACAUUUUGUAGUCUGCAAUCUUGAUGGGAGAUCCUAGGGAAGAAGAAAUGGAGCCUACAGAGUCGACAUCUUCGCGCCAUCCGGUGCUGCCAUACAAAGUUGGCAUUCCUCCAAAGCAGAAGCUAUGGAAGGAGUUCUCUGCAACUCUGAAGGAGACAUUCUUCGCAGAUGAUCCUCUCCGCUCAUUCAAGGAUCAAUCAAGAACGCGCAAGUUUCUCCUAGGAGUCGAGGCCGUCUUCCCCAUCCUCUCGUGGGGCAGAAGCUACAAUCUCACUAAAUUCAAAGGGGAUUUAGUGGCAGGACUCACCAUUGCCAGCCUCUGCAUCCCUCAAGACAUUGGCUAUGCCAAGCUUGCAAAUCUGGCUCCACAGUAUGGCUUAUAUUCAAGCUUAGUCCCACCUCUGAUCUACGCGUUGAUGGGGAGCUCGAGGGAUAUAGCCAUUGGGCCUGUUGCUGUGGUGUCCCUGCUGCUGGGGACUCUGCUGCAGGACGAGGUUGAUCCCGUUGCCAACCCUGAUGUGUACCGUAGGCUGGCUUUCACCGCGACUUUCUUUGCUGGGAUCACACAAGCUACUCUUGGCAUUCUUAGAUUGGGAUUCUUGAUAGACUUCCUCUCACAUGCUGCUAUAGUUGGAUUCAUGGGUGGUGCUGCUAUAACUAUUGCAUUACAACAGCUCAAGGGGUUUUUAGGCAUAAAAAAGUUUACUAAGAGUACAGAUAUCAUUUCUGUUGUGCACUCUAUCUUGAGUUCAGCCCCUCAUGGAUGGAAUGUGCCAACUAUUCUCAUUGGAGCAAGUUUUCUGGUGUUUCUUCUACUAGCCAAGUACAUUGGAAAGAAGCACAAGAAGCUCUUCUGGAUAGCUGCAAUUUCUCCGCUCAUCUCCGUGAUCCUCUCCACCUUGAUUGUCUACGUUAGCCACGCGGAGGAGAAGGGUGUGCAGAUUGUGAAGCAUAUAGAGAGAGGCAUAAAUAGGCCAUCUGUUGAUGAGAUAUACUUCAGUAAGGAUUAUGCCUUGAAAGGUGUUAGGAUUGGGAUAGUUGCUGGCAUGGUUGCUUUGACAGAAGCUGUUGCCAUUGGAAGAACUUUUGCUGCCAUGAAAGAUUAUCAGAUAGAUGGGAACAAAGAAAUGGUUGCUCUCGGAGCAAUGAACAUAGCCGGUUCGAUGACGUCUUGCUACGUCGCUACAGGUUCGUUUUCCCGGUCGGCGGUGAACUUCAUGGCGGGAUGCCAGACUGCGGUGUCGAACAUAGUGAUGUCCAUCGUCGUGCUCCUCACGCUGCUCUUCCUCACCCCUCUCUUCGAGUACACGCCAAACGCUAUCCUCUCCUCCAUCAUCAUCUCCGCGGUCAUUGGCCUCAUCGACUAUGAUGCCGCCAUCUUGAUCUGGAAGAUCGACAGGUUCGACUUUGUUGCCUGCAUGGGAGCCUUUCUCGGCGUCGUGUUCGUCUCCGUGGAGAUCGGCCUCCUCAUCGCGGUGUCGAUUUCGUUUGCGAAGCUGCUGCUGCAGGUGACAAGGCCAAGAACAGCCCUACUUGGAAAAAUCCCAGGCACAAAUGUGUAUAGGAAUAUUCAGCAGUAUCCAGAGGCAACUAAGGUUGCAGGAGUUCUCAUUAUAAGAGUUGAUUCGGCUAUUUACUUCUCAAAUUCUAACUAUAUAAGAGAAAGGCUACUUAGGUGGCUAACGGACGAGGAUGAGCUUCUCAACGCCGCCGGCCUCCCCAAAAUCCAAUUUUUGAUUGUAGAAAUGUCGCCGGUUACCGACAUGGACACGAGCGGGAUCCACGCCCUGGAAGACCUGCACAGAAGCCUGCAGAAGAGAUCAGUUGAGCUUGUUCUUGCGAAUCCUGGUCCAGUGGUGAUGGAUAAAUUGCAUGCAUCCAACGUGGCGAAUUUGAUAGGCGAGGAUAGGAUUUUUCUGACAGUGGCUGAUGCAGUUCAGACAUGUUCAUCCAAGUUUACUGAGGAAGUCUAGACACGCACACAUCCAAGCCUCCAAUAUGCCUACCUACUUGCUAACAAACUAAUGAUAUUUUUUCUUCCAUUUUUUACUUGCGGCGCUAAUUUAACUUGAAAGAUUAACAUGUUUUUGUCGCUUCCGAAAAGAUUGACAAAUUCUACUCCGUUGAUAUUUUAUGAUGAAGUAAUUUGAGGUGUCUA